AUGUUCACACGGAAGAACAGCCGGUCGUCAGACAUUUCAUCUCAUCCAUCGGUUUUAGAGCUAACAUUCCGCGCUCUCCCCCCAAGGGACCUGGCAGCAGCAGCGUGUGUGUGCCGCGAGUGGAGAACAGCAGCCACCAGCGAGCCCCUCUGGCACCGCCACACCAUCGCGCUCUGGCCUGCACUUGCAAGCCCUGCCGUGGCCCGCCGUGUGUCCGAUUCCUGUGGCUUCUAUCUGUUCUACAGAAAGCGUUUCCUCCGUCCCGGUCGCGCCUCCCCACUCCCCUUCCACCUGGACGAUCUCACAUUCUUCUUCGACCUCUCCUUCCACGGCUCCCCCGUCUUCUCGCAAGCCUUCAAGUACGAGGGAGGCCGCGCACUCGUCCCCUUCGCCCACCACACCUUCUCAGACCCCUCCGCCAUCUUCCCCUCUAUAGAAGCCCUCGAUAAGGACUCCUUUCGGCGCUCUUUAGCUGUGAAUUGGACGGUUUUACGGAGGACGGACGGGAGGGGGUCGUGUCUGGUGCGGGCGUGUCCUGACAGGAGCGGGUCCAGUGGUGGUGCUAGUGGUGCCGCCGGUGCUGCCGGUGCUGCCGGUGCUGCUGGUGCUGCUGGUGGUGCUGGUGCUGCUGGUGCAGGUGUAGGUGGUGGUGCUACUGCUGCUACGGAUACUGCAGGUGCAGCUGCUGCUGCUGCUGCUGCUGCUGCUGCUGUUGGUAGUGGUGGGGGAGGAGCGGGGGAAGGCCUGGUGCUGACUCUUGGCUUAGGCUGUGGGGAUGGGGCGCCUGGAGCAGCAGGAGCAGCAGCAGGGGGCAGUGGGAAUCAAGUUACGGAGCUGACGCAUGGUGCUGGUAAUGGGACAGGUCAAAUGCUUGAUUCAUCGUCGAGUAGAGAUUCGCAAGCAGGUGCAGCAGGGGCAGCAGGGGCAGGGGCAGGGACAGGAGCAGGGGCAGGAGCAGCAGCGGCACAAGGGGGGCCAGCGGCGCAUGACUCUCACUUAAGAGGGAGCGGACCAAAGGAGCAGGUGCAAGUUCCGGCACUUAAGAUGGUGUUUAACACUGCGUUAGGGGGGCUGGUGGGACAGGUGUUUUACGGGAUGAUGAAAGUCUCUUUCACACUACCGCUGCAGGAAAAGCUUGUUCCAGCUAGCAGCAGCGGCAGCAUCGGCACUGGCGGCAGCAGCAGCAACACCAACCUAAUUGGUGCUGCUGCUGCUGCUGCUGCCGCUGCUGCUGGUGCUGCCGCCGCUGCCGCAGCAGGAGGAGCAGGAGCAGCGGCCAAUGUGGAGAUGACACCUGUCAAUGUGCUGGCUCGCACGGGGGCGAUGGAGGUGAAUCUAACGGCUCUCAAGGACCGGCUGGGAGGGACUGUGCGGGUGGAUAUUGCCGGAAAGGAGUUUCUGCUGGUGCUGUCUGCACUGCAGUGGGAUAAAUCCGUCUCUAGCACCGCCGGUAGAACAGACAGCAGCGAUACCCGGACGGAUCUUGACCGUUCAGGAACGGAUCAAACGGCUCACAACCUUGUUGAUUCGACGAGGAGUCCGCUGGCGUCGGAAGCUCUAGUCGACGCCCUGGCGGUUAACGGGGAUGUUAAUGGAGGGUCGGGAAAGCGGAAAAUAAAGAGCAGUAGCGAGUUUCAGGCUGCAAUGGAGAGUCUGAUGUCGCCGGCGUACCAGUCGGCGUCGGAGUCCAUCGAUGCGUCGCCGUCGUACACGCCGACUGCUCCGUGGACUGGCAGCCUGGGGAAGAAACCAACACCGCCUAAUAGCUCCAGCAGGGCCAAGGGAGUCGCCGAUCUGGAGAGAGAAAUAGAGGAGCUCCGAGCGAGCUACCAACAGGUGUGCGAGGAGAGGGAUGCGUUGGAAGACCUGCUGCUGCAGGAACAGCUCAAGAACCGAACGCCAGCGGACAAGCAGUUAGAGGAGGCCAAAGCCCAUGCAGCAGCGUUGGAGCUUGAGCUAAGAUCCAUGGCUGCCAGAUGCGAGGAAUGGAAGCGCCGGGCAGCGCAGCGGGCAGCAGAAAUGAAUCCAGCCAUGGUGCAGGCACUGCUGGAGGAGCGGCUGGAAGAUUUGGACGAGUCAGGGACGAUCAAGAUACAGAUGGAAGUGGCUCGUUUGCGGGACGAGCUGGCUAAAUCCGAGGUGCUGCGAUUUGAGCUCUUCCGCAGCACACAAGAGGGAGCAGCGACGAACAGCAAGUGGGAGGCGGAGGAGGAGGGUCUGAAGCAGCAGAUGGAGGAAGUGGAUGCAGGCAGGGAGAUCAACAGUAAGAGCAUUGAUGAGAUCCCAGAGACCACCGUGUGGAGAGAAGCCCACAGCAUGGAAGAAGCAGAGGAUCUGAUGCAGGAGCUGCUGGAGAUGGGGCAGGCGUCUCUGAGCCAGCAAGAUGUGGAGCGACUGUCAGAGGCCGUGGAGGCUGCAGAGCACAGGGCAGUGGAGGCCGAGAGGAGGGCAGCGCAGGCAGAGAAAGAAGCUUCUGAGAAGGCGUUGCAAAUAAGGGUGCUGGAGGCGAAGCUAACAGCACUGCUGGGAGGAGAAGACCUUUCAGCAGUCGCUUCUGCUCCUUACCACCACCAAGCCCUGUCCUCCUCCUCCCUUUCCUCCUGUCCUCUUCCCUCCACCUCCACCACUGCCAAAAGCAACCCCGCCACUGCCACUUCUGCGCCCAUCCAAGUCCCAACCACCACCAAUGCUUCUGCUUCUGCUGCCAUUUCAUCCGUCCAUGCUCUGGCCAGUGGAAUCACGCCACGGGUCAGCAACACUGAUGACGUGGCAGGACAGGCGCGCGACGUGUCGAGGAGGAGAGCUGACGUGGCGAGGGAGAGUGCUGGGAGAAGGGAAUCCGUAAUGGUGAUUGGAAGUGAAGAUGGGGCCAGUGCUGUUGGCAAGGGGAUUGGUGGGAUCAGGGGGGUCGGGAGUGAGGUGGAGAGCAGUGCAGGGGAGAGUAAGGGGGAAAGUGCGGAGGAGAUUGGGGGGGACAGUCUGAAGGAGCUUGCAGCAGCACAGAUUGCAGAUGUUGAGGAGAUUCGGGAGAUUGUUCAUCGUGUUCAGGGGCAAAAUCGGCUCACUCAUCUACUCUUGACGGUUGUCUUUGCGGCAUCGGCGGGUGGUGGACGACGUUUACUGCAACAGGAUGGCCGGAAGGUUUUAGACGGAGAUGGACGGCAAGCAGGCGGGUUCAGGUGGGAGGAGGUGGGCGGCGAGGCUCGUCGCGGAGUGGUGUGGUGGAUGCAUCUGUCCGACGUCCACGUCAGCGUGCACGUGCCGUCGAGAGCCAAUGAUCUCCUUGUGCACCUCGUGCCAGCUGUCCGCGUUAUAGCGCCUGCUGCGCUUAUAGUGUCUGGGGAUCUCACAGGUGCGUUCGUGCGUGCUGAUGUGGGUUACAUGUGA